UCACUUUUUACUACCCUUCAAAGCACCGCCUCUUUCUGAACUUUAUAUUUAUCCACACCCUUCCUCUUCACCUCAGACAAACACAUAGAAAGAGUGUCAACAUGAGGCAUUUGGCUUUGGCGUUGGUUCUUUUCUUGGCCGUAGUGAUCCAUGGUGAAGCGGGAGAUGCUUUUGUUAGAACCAGAGGAGUGCAUUUUCUGUUGAAUGGCAAUCCUUACUAUGCAAAUGGGUUCAAUGCCUACUGGCUCAUGUACAUAGCCUCUGAUCCAUCUCAAAGAUCCAAAGUUUCAACUGCUUUUCAUGAAGCUGCUAGCCAUGGCCUUACAGUGGCUAGAACUUGGGCUUUCAGUGAUGGUGGUUACAGACCCUUACAGUAUUCUCCAGGCGCCUACAAUGAGCAAAUGUUUAAGGGAUUGGAUUUUGUUAUAGCUGAAGCCAGAAGGUAUAGGAUUAAGCUGAUAUUGAGUUUAGCCAACAACUAUGACAGUUUUGGAGGAAAGAAGCAGUAUGUGAACUGGGCUAGACGUCAAGGCCAAUACUUGACAUCUGAUGAUGAUUUCUUCAGAAACCCUCUUGUUAAGGGUUAUUAUAAGAACCAUAUCACGACUGUUCUUAACAGAUAUAAUAGCUUUACUGGAAUUCAUUACAAAGAUGACCCAACAAUCAUGGCCUGGGAACUUAUGAAUGAGCCCAGAUGCACAUCAGAUCCUUCUGGAAGGACUAUUCAGGCUUGGAUAAUGGAAAUGGCUUCCUUUGUGAAAUCCAUAGACAGAAAUCACUUGCUGGAAGCCGGGUUAGAAGGCUUUUAUGGAGAAUCAACGCCUCAAAGGAAGAGACUCAAUCCCAAUCUUGAUAUUGGAACAGAUUUCAUUGCUAAUAAUCGCAUCCCUGGCAUUGAUUUUGCAACUGUUCAUUCAUAUCCUGAUCAGUGGUUAUCUAGUUCCAAUGAUCAAUAUCAGCUUGCCUUCUUGAAUAACUGGCUCAACACCCAUAUGCGGGAUGCACAAUACAUUCUUCGGAAGCCGAUACUAGUGACCGAAUUCGGAAAAUCCUGGAAGGAUCCCGGUUACAGCACCUACCAAAGAGACUUACUAUUCAACAGUGUCUACUAUCAUAUAUACUCAUCAGCUAAAAGAGGAGGUGCAGCAGCAGGAGGCCUGUUUUGGCAACUGUUAACUGAAGGCAUGGACAAUUUUCGUGAUGGAUAUGAUGUGGUUUUAAGCCAAAGCCCCUCAACUGCCAAUGUGAUUGCUCAACAGACUCACAGGUUGUAUCAAAUUGGCAAGAUUUUCACAAGAAUGAGAAAUGUGGAGAGGUGGAAGAGGGCAAGGGCCAUUAGAAGGGCUCAGUGGGUUGGCAGAAACAGGGGAAAGCAGAUUGGAAACUGAAAAGAUGCAUUUGCUUAUAUGAAACCUAGGCAUGUGUGACUCAGUUUGUAGCUUGUACAAUUUGUCUGUACACAUAGUUUAAUUCCUAAUAGUGUCAAAUUUCAGUCAAGAACUUGUUUGUGUUAAAGGUGUAAAGGUGAGGUUUUGGGAAGUGGGUUCUCUGGUAGAGACGAAUGUUGUUCGUCCAGGAGGCUUGCUGGGAUAGACUGAAUAUAAUCUCUGUAUUUCAGUCAAGAACUUGUUGGCUUGUUAAGUUUUAUAAUAUAAAUUACAGGUUACAGAAUUUAA